AUGGAAAUGAAAGGUUUAGGAUUUGCCCGGGGCGUAGAUUUAAAUAAAUCCGAAAUCCGCGAUUUUAAAAUUGAAAACAAUACUAUCUAUUUUCCUUUUACCGCCAUUAGUGGCAUUGGGGAAAAAGUGGCUGAGAAAAUUAUUUCUUAUCGGCAAGAGCACGGCGGAUUUCACGAGGAAGAUUUAAGAAAGUAUUUUAAAGAUUGUUUGGAUUUUGAUUUUAUUCUCAAAAUCGGACAUUAA